AGAGAGUGCAUCCAGAUCUCAGUCAUUCAUCUCUUGGGGAGAGGAGAGGAAACUACAGCAGGACGGGAAAAGAAACAGUUUUUGAGCGAAAAAAAAGGAUGAUUUUUUUUUAAACUUCUGCAUUCAAUCUCUGACUUUAAAAGCCUCCUCCAGCUGCAGUUUUCCUUUUCAUUAUCAUCAACAACACCCCAAAUCCUCUGCAAGCUGCUGCAAGUAUUUCACAUCGCUCCUUCGACUGUGGGGUGGAGAUACUUCCACUUCUUCUCCUCCUGCAACUGAGGACACUUUUCUCUCUCUUUCUUGAAACCGCAUAAAAGCUGCAUGUUUUUAUAAGCAUCUCUUGCAACUUGAAUGUCUUUACAACUUGGACAGAGAGAGUGAAGCCCUUCGAUGCAGUGUGCGUAAAAGGGACUGGUUGGUUUUUUUAGGGAGGUGUAGGAGGAGGUGACUUCAGGAGGACGCACCGGGAUCAGACCGCUCCUGGAAGAGCUCCGGGAAGAGGAGGAGGAGGGCGCGUCACCCUGAGGAGAAGAGCAUCCUCCCAGCCUUCUCACUCCAUACAAACACACACCCUUAAGACAACGCAGACACAGUAAUCUCAGAAAAUUACCAUAGAGGUACAUCAUAUAAGUAUUUUAGCAAACUAACACUCCUGAAGUAACAUAAAGUAAGAUUAAAACCUUACAUAAAAAAAAAAAAUCACAAAAGUACAUAUAAUCACUUUGUUCCACAGUCAUACUACAACUCAUUAAAGGGAUAUUGUAGGGAUAUUAUACGAAUAUCAUAGUUUAUUUGUCAGCGGAACACGCACACGGACACCCAGGACGCCCAGCACGCCGCCUCAGAAUGGAUCUCCCUCCAAUCAGAGGUUUAUCUGAUGUGCCGUGAGAGUUGGGAGCACUUUGCCCCAGCCCCGGCCUGCAGCCCUGGUGCCACCCUGUCUGGCUCACCAGGAUGGACCUUGCUCAUUCCUUCGGCGGGGAGCUGGACGGGCUGGACCUCCAGCAGGUCCCAGUGCUGUCGCUCGACCAGAUACGUGCCAUCCGGGCCAACAAUGACUAUGUGGAGAGGCCUGUGGCACUGGAACCGGCAUCCCAGUCCGGAUUUUUCUACGCCCAUGAAGAUCGUUACCCUCAUGGAGUAUUCUCCCAUCACCCCCAGCCUUCCUUUCGCUCAGCCCUGCCCCGCAGCCAAAGUCAGCAGCAGCACGCUCACCUGUCCCACCUGAGCCGUUCCAGUACCAUAAGCUCCUCCAUGUCUCGGACCAGUGCCACCUCAGACCAGCGGCUACUGGCAGGUUUGACACCAUCUCACUCUGGCUUAGGUUCAGUGGUUCGUUCUCAACCUAAAGGAGAACUCAAGCCUGAUGUUUCUUUGGGUAAAGGCCUGACAGAGGACGAGGCUGAGCAGGGACUUCAUUUAUUCAUCUGUGAGCGGUGUGGUCGCUGUAAGUGCCAAGAGUGCUGCGCCCCCCGCCGCCUGCCUUCCUGUUGGGCCUGUGGACAACGCUGUCUAUGUUCUGCCGAAAGCGCCGUGGAGUAUGGCACCUGUUUGUGCUGUGUUAAAGGCCUGUUCUACCACUGCUCCGCCCAGGAUGAUGAGGAUAACUGUGCUGACCGGCCAUGCUCUUGUGCUCCAGCCCACGCCUGUGCCCGCUGGGGCACGAUGGGGCUGCUGGCGCUCUGUCUGCCUUGCCUCUGCUGCUACCCCCCUGCCAGGCUGUGCCUUGCCAUGUGCCAGUGUGCCCACGACCGUGCCACGCGCCCCGGCUGCAGGUGCAGCAACACCAACACUGUGUGCCGCAAGAUUUCCGCAACCAACCCUAACCCUGGUCAUCCCUCACUCCGUAGCAAGGCCCUGGAGAAGCCGUUAUGACAGGCCUGGAUGGGGGCCAGGUAAAUCUAUUUCCCCAUCGCCGUCGCCAAAGCAACGCUGUCGCCAACAGUGCCACAGCUGACAUUGUGACGACAAUGCCAUUGUGACCCACCUACCUACAUAUGACAAGCCAACCAACCAACCAACCAACCAACCAACCGUGAAGUGUUGUUCACCUAAUGUACCUUGAAUUUACUUCUUCUCCAGCUCAGGAGGGACCAAAGCUUUACUGUGCCUGUUCAUGUUGGAGACUUCAUGCCUAAACACAAAAACUUGUCCUGAAAAAGAAGAAGCUGUCGUGCUUUGCUGGACUGCCCUUCAACCUUAACCAAGACUUCCAUUCAGAAAUUCUCUCUCUCUCUCUCUCUCUCUCUCUCUCUCUCUCUCUCUCUCAUUUUGUGGUGUAAUCUGGACGUCUUAAAAUCCAUUUAUUUAUUGUUGAACCUCCUUCCUCCUCCCUUUGCAAAGAGAAUGCACAGAGCACACAGACGGGGGAUGGACCAAAUCAGGAAGGAAAGACGCCUGUGGCGAUGUGUUUGGCCUAUGCCAAUAGAGUUUCUGUCUUCUAGAAAGAGAGAAUCAGAAGAAACAUGGGAGAUUGAGGACUUCAACCACAAGGACAUUCAGAAAACUCCACAAAAGGUUGAAGAUAAUGAAAUGAGAAACCAACGCUGUGCCGUAGCGAUUAUCAGACUGGGAGUCUGAGAAAAGCACCAAGGCAUAAAGUGAAAACAAAGACACUUGUAACACACCUGUAACAACAGUUACAACAACAGUUUGACACCAAAAAAAGGGACCAUGCACUGUACAAACUGAGAGAAUCUCAAUGCUAUUAAGCUCAUUUGUAAAGGAAAAGCACUGUGAGGUAGAUGGACAAUGUUUUCCCCAGCAGCCUAGAGCUGAAUGGGGGAUUAUUUAACCAGAGUUAGGGUGCAUCCAUUGUGACCAGGCAGCGUGUGUGUGUGUCUGUGUGUGUCCUCCUACUGUACAACAACCUGUGUAUGUAGAGCCUGUGUGUAUGUUGUUUUGUCAGCAGAAGAACCCUCCCUUGUCUUAUUUUUAGCAGUGCUGCUUCAGUAGAGCUCUGAGGGUCUGGUCGGGUUUCCUCCCGAAGUCAGUCUGUCGCCAACCUCCCUCCUCUGACCGACCUCCUUCACUGCCCCCACCUCCAUCCUUCUCUCCUCACGUACCACAUUUAAUCCACGCUCCUCCCAUCCUCAAAUCAAAUGCUCUUUUCUCUGAACCAUUUUUGUGUCUCCCUCUUACUCAGGCUAUUGGCUCAAGUGUCAGGGUAUUUUGAUGGUGGUGGAGCUGUGCACAUCCCUCUCCAACAAAUCGAGUUAUGCAGCUUUGAUGACCUUUGAAUAUCCCAGCAGUCUGAGUUAGACACCUCUUCCCAGAAGCUCAAGUGUGGAAGAUAGUCCUCCAUACUGAACAUAAAAUAAAAUAAAAUCUUCUAGCAAAUGGCACAGACAUGUAAAAAUGGAUGUUUUUUUUCUCCUCUCAUUGUCUCUUUUGAAAUUACAACAUAACAAGAGAAAAAAACAAUUUCAACAUAACCCAACCAGCGAAAGCCAGCUGAGAACAUUUUUCCCCACACACCCAUAUAUUCCUCCUGCCUUGUCCGUCUCUCCUCUUACGCUCAGAGGGCUAAAAGCCUCCAGUUCCUGGUCCAUAGAGAGUUGAUCAAACAGGCAAUUAGCUUCAUGAUAGCUCUUAAUGGGCCGGAGAAGAAUGGAGCAUGGGAGGGAGGGAUGUGAGGGGACAGGAUGAGUGGAGUUGUGGUGUUUGGCAGAUAGACAGCUGAUGGGGAGAGAGGGAUGCUGGGAGGAAAGAGAAAGGCUGGAUGGAGGGAAGGAAAGAGAGGAUGUUGACGUCGCCAUUAAGUCAAAUGGAGACCAUUCAUGCUCUAAAAAAAUUAGCAGUGUGACUUCCUUUUUUUUUUUUUGGUUAAAAAGGACUUUCAAUGCUUCUACUGAACUUAUUCAGCACUUCAGGUACAUAGUUCAAAAUGUAAUGUAAAACAUAAAUACAACAACAGUGCAUGUCUUUUUCAGGAAGGAAGGAUUCAAAGCUGAUAAAAAUCAACAUACACACAGCAUCAGGUGUGUGCACGUGUGUGUACGCUAGAGUGUAUGCGUGUACAUGUUUUUAAGUGUGCGUGGGUGUGUUCAUGUGUGGAUGCAUAUGGGCUUUUCUGUGUGUGUGUAUGUGUGUCAGGGUGCGUCACCUAAGCACAGACACACAAACACACACUGACCUGAUUUGUUAAAUGUUACUUUGCUAUAUUUUUAUAUGUAAAUAUGGGCUAUUAACUGUAUAACUAUUUUUAUUCUGCUUUAUUUUGUUUCUAUGAGAUUGAUAUUAUUACGGCUGUUUUUCCAUUAUAAUGAACAUUUACUUAUUUACAGUCCACUUAUGAUCAAUUCAGGAACUUUUGGGGCAACUCAGACAGCAAACACUGAAUAAGGACUUAAGAAAAUGUUGUAACAGCAAUUCAUCACCACAUCCCUUAGUAUAGCACAGUAUUAUAACUUUUUUGACAACAAAUACAUAUUUACCAUCAACCCCCAAAAGCUAAGCUUCCCUGUUCUUUUUGCUGGCCCGAAAGUGAACAAAAUCAGGAUUUGUCAAACAAUGUUUCUCAGAUGUAUAACAUCAGUGCAGCUGUGAUCACUGGUAUACUUUAUACAAAUAAAAGGCCUCAAUAUGCUUCAAAGGAAGUGCUUAGCGGUUCUUCUAAAAGCGCCUUAAACCCCUUUUCUGAUGGCCAAAUUUAGAAGCUGUAUCAAAUCAUAUUUCUAUAGACAGUCAGACAAUCAUGUGGUGCACAGGUGUGGACGUAGACAGGGUUUGAACUUCUCUCAAGGUCUAUUUUUAAUUCUUUUUUAAUUUCUUCAUUUAUUGAAGUCUGUGGAUGCGUUCGAUUUUUAUGAUUAACUGUGAUUCAUACAGUAUGCUCUACAUGGUAUAAACACCUUUGCCUUUAGAUGUAGUCGGACGACAUGUUGGACCAACAAGUAUGUUUGAAUCAUACUGAGGCCUUAAGGAUUAUAAAGGGUUUGCAGGUUGACAGAAUUACUCUACGAUGUAAAAAGUUGACAAAAAUGUCAAAGAAAGCUAAGUUAAAAAAGGCUAUUCACCAACCAAAGUUAUUCUUUACUCACAUGUACUCACAUUCACGCCUUACGGUUUGGUUGUCAUUUAUAGAACAUCAUGACACAAGUAAAACACGACUUAGUGAAGAGUCAUAAGAAACGUUUUACUAGUUUUAAUGUGUUUCUGCUGUUUGCUUUCAGGGUGUGUGAAUGUUGCCCCAAAUGUUUCUGUGCUCAUCAAAGGUUUCACUUUGAUAGACAGGUUGGCAACUGUGGAGGACACGCUCAAUUUAAAUAUGUUUUUUUUCUCCCUUUUUUAAUGUUGCAACUUUCUCCACUUUUAGUGUUACCUAUGACUUAUUAUUAUUAUUAUUAUUAUUAUUAUUAUUAUUAUUAUUAUUAGUAUUGGCAACCAAAAAUAAUCUAUGUAAUUGACACAUGUUAAUGCAAAUCACCUAGGCUGACACUAUGUCCACAUUAAGGCAGAUGAAUUUGAAAACUUUAUUUUUCCUACAUGUUCACUUUUCAUCAAGUGCUUUCGACUACCCACAGCAGAACAAGUGGAUACGUUGGAAGAUGCCACUCCCGUGUUGUCAUGUAGACAAAAGAAGAAACUGAGCUUUUCAAAAAUGCUGAUGUAUGCUUGGUCAUGGGAGCCAUUUUUGAUAAUUCGCUGGCACAUUCUAUCCUGCAUGCAUGCUCUGUGAAUGACAAACAAUGCUUCAAAAGCAGCAGAAAACCACUUGGCGGCCAUGUGCAGACGCUGCUGGUUCAUCCGGUCUGCCUGAUAGAGGAAACAAACACAUUUCUAUUGUUGUGGUGUUUGAAAACAAUAAUGUGAACAUAAACUUUUCAAAUUUAACUGCAUUACUGUGGUCAUGGUCUCAGAUUGGUUCUACACAGACACACACACACACACACACACACACACACACACACACACACACACACACAGUCUCCUCUACAAUGGCUGGAUCACUUCAGUCAGAUCUUGGUGCUUGGGGAGACGACUUGAGGAACAUUUGUACACGGAUUGUUUUCUAUGUGAGCUGGAUGAAGUUGCAGAGGAAAUUGUUUUUUAACUACUUAUGUUUCAUCUGUGUUCAGAGUAGCUUUAAAAUAUUUACAGUGACAGUUGUCCAAUCAUAACCUCUUUAGUAUGUGAUGUUUUGUAUGUACUGCAGAUACACACAGAGUGGCACAAGGGGGGGUAGGGAGCACAAUGCAAACUGACUUCCGAUGAUUCUCAUUUUAAGUGAUUUUUCAAAGGAAAUUUAGUAAGAGAUGAUGUCUUAAACUGUAUAUAUUCGAUUGGUGUCCCUUCAGACAUUUUGUUUUAUCAAGUUGUCUCAUAAAGGGCAAGUAAAAAAAAAAAAAAAAACAUUUUUGUUUUGGAUGAUUUGCAGCUUGGUGCAGUCAGAAACCAGACUCAAUACAGCAGUCAUUAUUUCCAUACCUCACUUCUGCUAUGCUGUGUGUAUCUGUGUGUACAGAUAAAGCGUUCCAAUAUAUAAAUCUUUUAAUUCCAAGACUUCCCAUAAACAUUUCCAAACGUUUCCGACAUUCUUCCCUCAGGACCGGAGCUCGUGUCAGGAACCUGUGUGAUGCUGUACGUAUGCAGGCUGCCACUAUAACCAGUAAACUUCUCCUCUUGUGUCUUAGCAAGCAUCGCUUUUGGUACAAAUUGGCAUCUUGUAUGUUGUAAAAGAAUUUAAGGAGAGUAUAUGGAACAAAUAUAUAUAGAAAUCUAUCUAAAAUGAAUAUAUUAUAUAUGGAACAAUAUGCAUUUCACACUUUCUGUUUCACUGCUGGUAUUGCUUCAUGGAUAUUUAUUUGAAUGGUUGCAACAAUGGCGGUAACAAUAAUCAUGAGGAUGGUGUUGAUGAGUGCAGUAUUUAUUUUACAGUGGUCAGGGGAGAUGAAGAGCACCAAUGUUGUUGUUGUCGUUUGUCUUUUGAUUUUGUUUCUUUGUUCCUCUUGGUGUGGUGUGGCUGCUGCUACCCUCCUGGCUAAAGAUGAACCAAUAAAAAGGAGUUUCCAAACAGAACAA